AUGAAUCGGCCGUUGGUGACAUCUGAAAACGCCGACACACCUCUCCCAACCCCAGAGAUCUUACCACAGUACAUCAAUUCGCCCGUGGAAUUAAGCACGGCCGACUACUGUGCCCUGGCAGCGCAGGCAUCCGAGAGAGAGCACGGUGUCAUCCCAUACGCUGUCGCAAAGGGUUGCUAUGAAAUAUCAUCUCCAUCCAUGGAAAACUCAGAUCUGGAACCUGUCGAUCUAUCAUCGCUGGAGAAACUCGGCAACAUCACGUUCCCCAAUGACUAUAUCUUCCACCAACAACUGGCCCAGCUGAUCGCCAAACUGCAAGAUCCACAUACGUCCUAUAAAAGCAUGUGUUAUCAACAGUUCGUAUUCAUUCAACCACUGUACACAUAUGGUAUCUAUGAGGAUGGAAGGCAGCAGGUCGAGGUUGCAACAGUCUUGAACAAGCUGGACUCUCGCCUGAAAAAUGCGCUGGCUGAUUGCGAGGUCACGCACUUCGAUGGUCGCCCAGCAUUUGAUGUUGUCAAGGGAUUUGCAAAGACCAAGCCGUACAACAAAGACCGUGGGGCUCGCAUCAACAAAUCCUUCGCAUACCUUGGACACGACAAAACUGGAAGUCCAUAUGACCGCUACGUCCUAGGAACCUUUGCUCAGCGAACGAAUAUAUCUCCUAAGGCCACAAUUAAAUACAAAAUCUACUGCCGGUCCAAAUUCAGCUCCGGCCUACCCACUGAAAGCGAUUCCCCACUUGAAGUUGCAUUCGAGAUCCCCUGGUCAGCAUUGGAUGCAACCAUGGCCCCAUACAUAGACGCCACAUCCUACCGACGUCAAUUCCGCGCAAACGAUUCCGUACAGACAACCAAAAUGUUUGGCCUGGACUCUGCCGUGGCAGACAACUUCAUUGUAGCCAGGACCCGGAACCUGCAGGGACGGAAAAAGUCCAAAGAGUUAUACAGGGAUGCCUAUGCCUCCUUUCAUUUGUUGAAUGACGGCGUUACUGGCGUGUUCCGCCUUCGUACAGAAUCGCCUAACAAGCAAGAAAAGAUCCCUCCUCCCAGCUUUUACGCCAAUAUCGACAGCGGAUUCGCUGCGCUGGACGCUGCAGGAGCAACUAAAUUGAUUGUUGAUUUGCAAAAUAAUGCAGGUGGUAUCAUCUGCUGGGAUCGCUAUGUCUUGCAGACGCUUUCCCCAAACACGGUGGAUGCGCCCUAUAUCUAUAGUAUACGAGCUUCCCCAUUGACGCAAGCGUUAGCCAAGGCAACUUUCAGCUAUAAUCAGGAGGCUGAUUCCCCCUAUGGAGGCUUUGUAAACCCUACGACUGGACGAAAGUUCUCGACAGAUUCGUGGAUGAUUCCUGGUACCAAGCUUCCGGGGCGUAAAAGUCUUUUCAGCAACGCGAUCACGGAUCAACUCUGUCCAGCGGUAAAUAAUCUCAAGGGUGAUCCAGAGGGUGCUAUGUUCCAGGCCAAGGACAUUGUCCUUCUCACUAAUGGCUUUUGUGGAUCGACAUGUGCAGCCCUUGCGCUACAGAUGCACGAGCGGUAUGGUGUACGCACAGUCGCAAUCGCGCGCAUGGGCUAUACUGUUGCUCGGUUCCGGAUGCCAUCGAUUUUGUGGGAAGACGUGCGUGAUGAAGUCUGGGGAAGAUCUGCUUUUUUGGAUGUUGAGGAAGGUGCAGAGGAGGGUGCAGCGGAGGAUGGGGAAGGAGAGGCAUUCUUCGGAGGAGACCACACAGGUGCGAUUGUGGUUGUCGAAGAGGGUGCAGAGGAGGGUAUUGAGGCGAUGAUGGAGAGCGCAGCCCAGGAGGCCAACCGCGGGGACCUGGAAUAGUAAUAGAGCGAUAUGGGAUGUUACAGCACACCCAAAUAAAGUUGGUAGCACGAAGGGUAUAGCCCAGUGAGAUCAGAUCAGAUAUAUGAUUCGCCAACUAAUUUUUUUUUUUUGUGGGCUGGCUCGGUGGAGACCACGGACUGAAAAGUAAAGAAAAGUGAAGAGGAG